CUUGGAUUCAUCGUUUUAUCCGUUUUUCCUCGUCACACUUGGCAUCCUUCCCCGCACUCUUUCUCUUGCUUCGUUACACCAACUGGACCACUAUACUUACUUGUCCCGUAAAUCAAUUCAUCCCCAGUCUCUUGUUACAGAAACACACACUACACACAAUAACAGACACACAAAAGAACCUGAAUGGCUACAUUGCGAGUUCCUGCAUCUGUACCUCCUGCAGAUGAGGACUGUGGGCAGCUUAGGAAAGCUUUUGCAGGAUGGGGAACAAACGAGGCCCUAAUUAUCCAGAUCCUGGCUCACCGAAAUGCAGCACAGCGUAAGUUGAUUCGGGAAGUAUAUGCUGCAACUUAUGGAGACGAUCUUCUGAAAGAUUUGGAUGCUGAACUUUCUAGUGACUUUCAGCGUGCAGUACUGCUAUGGACACUUGAUCCAGCUGAGCGUGAUGCGCUCUUGGCUUAUGAAGCUACAAAGAGGUUGACUGCUAGUAAUUGGGUUAUCAUGGAAAUCGCUUGUACCAGAUCUUCACAAGAUCUCUUCAAGGCGAGGCAGGCCUAUCAUGCUCGCUACAAGAGAUCCAUUGAGGAAGAUGUUGCAUAUCAUACAGCUGGGGACUUCCGUAAGCUUUUGGUCCCCCUAGUGACUGCAUUCAGAUAUGAAGGAGAUGACGUCAACAUGACUUUAGCAAAAUCAGAAGCUAAGCUACUUCACGAGAAGAUAUCUGAAAAGGCUUACAAUAAUGACGAGAUUAUUAGGAUUUUGACUACAAGGAGCAAGGCACAGCUCAAUGCAACUCUCAACCAGUAUAACAAUGAGUUUGGGAAUGCUAUCAACAAGAAUCUGAAAGAUGAUCCUAAAGAUGAGUACCUCAAAUUACUUAGAGCAACAAUAAAGUGCCUGACGAGUCCCGAGAGAUACUUCGAGAAGGUUCUUAGAUUGGCUAUCAACAGAGUGGGUACUGAUGAAUGGGCUCUCACUCGUGUUGUGACUACUCGAGCUGAGGUUGACUUGCAGCAUGUCAAAGAAGAGUAUCAUAAAAGGAACAGUGUCCCCCUGGACCGUGCAAUUGCUGGAGACACUUCUGGAGACUAUGAGAAAAUGCUUCUGGCUUUAACAGGGCAUGGAGAUCUUUGAGUAGCUCCUUGUUCUGGCACUUUAAGAGCUUUUUAUGUACGAAAUACAGUCAUUAAUGAGUUUUUAAAGUUCCAUGACUUUGAAACAUGAACUUCUGCUGGUUUGGUCAGUUAAUGGCCGGAGAAACUGUGUGCUGUUAUCUAUGAUUGGUUCAGAGUGUCCUUUAGAAUUCUC